CACACUCUCCUCAUUAUUUCCCCCUUUCAAUCUCUCUCUGUCUCUGUCUCUGUGUGUCUGUACAGCGGUUGACGUUGAGGAAGUUCUGCUUAUGAAGUUUGCCUGCACUCGUGUCGAUUUGUAAAAAGGAUCAUGACAGAAGCAAAGAAGAAUCCUGAGCAAAGAAAACACUGCUCAAGAUCAUAUACCUUGAGCAAAUUCUAACCUAUCUUUGUUCUUUAAAUGUAAUGAUGCACAACCAUGUUAGUAUAGUCUCCAAAGGAGAAUUUAUAGUCAUCAGUUAAAGGAGUCAUCAGGAGUGUGAAAAGAGAAGAAACACAAUGUACCAAGUGGUACCUGGAGGUGCUGGGGGCACGAUCACAGAAGGGGUGACCCUUAAAAAAAUAAAUAAGGAGAGUCGUCCACUAGUAGGUGCUGGAGUACUGGGUCUGGUCUUGGUAAUUGCCGCUGUAACAGCGUGGUGUUACUAUAUUGCCUCACUCCGCAAAGCUGAUCUCUUAAAGACAGAGUUAUUGGAUCUUAACAAGGAUGGCUUUCUCAUCCGCAAUCAAGCCGGUGGGAUUGUAUUCAGGAUGGCUUUCAGAUCUGGAACCCUCGAUUUGGACUCAUGUUCUAAGGAGGGUGUGAUAUUGCGGUGCUCACGCUCCUAUGCUGGCAAAGUAAAUUUCUUCAUAAUGACCGUGAAGCCCAAGGAAACUGUAAUGUGCUACCGUGUGCGGUGGGAGGAGCUGGAAUCGGACCGACCUGUAAUGCAUUCCAUGUCUUACAAUGACUCUCACUGGUACGGUGGUUCUGAAUCUGCUGUCCAACACUGGCCUAUUGUAAUCUCUGGUCAACAAGCUCCCAAGCCAUUUGUCACCAGCGACCUUUAUUCAAACCGAAAUGACUUUGGUGGCAUUUUGGAGCGCUACUGGCUCUCGUCCAAUGCCACUGCCAUCAAGAUCAACGAUUCGGUGCCCUUUCACUUGGGCUGGAACGACACAGAGAAGUCAUUAUACUUUCAGGCAAGAUACCAGGACAGUCCAUAUAAACCCCUCCGUGGGAUACCACCAUAUGCCGAGCUUAGCUACCGUGUGUGCGUUGGCCCUGAUGUGACCUCCAUCCACAAAGUCAUGGUCCGCACAUAUUUCCCCAAACCCAACAAGGUACCCUUGGAAGCAAUGUUCCGAUAUCCUACAUGGUCUACCUGGGCUUUGCACAAAACUGAUGUUAAUCAGGAGAGACUUUUGAAUUAUGCUGAAAACAUACGGAAAUAUGGCUUUAACUGUAGUCAAAUAGAAUUGGACGACCGGUACACCAGCAGGUAUGGCGAGUUUGAGUUUGAUUCUGUAAAGUUCCCCAACGUGUCUGGGAUGUUUCAAAAGUUAAAGGAUGAUGGUUUUAAGUUGUCAUUAUGGACACAUCCCUUUGUGAACUAUGAAUCACCCAACUUUGGCCUGUGUGUCCAAAAAGGUCUUUUUGUGAUGGAGCCUACUGGAAAACUUCCUGGGUUGGUGCAAUGGUGGAAUGGCAUUGGUGGCAUCCUGGAUUUUACAAACCCAGAUGCUCGCAACUGGUUCACUUCACAUCUGCGAACCCUACGUUCUAAAUAUGGUGUGUCAUCAUUCAAGCUGGAUGCUGGUGAAACAAAUUUCUUGCCCUGGCACUUUCAGACAAAGGUCCAUCUUCCGGAUCCUAGCACGUUCACACGCCGGUACACAGAAAUGGCCUUGCCAUUCAAUGAACGAGCAGAACUGCGAUCAGGCUAUGGCUCUCAGAACAUCUCUUGUUUCUUCCGCCUCAGCGAUCGUGAUUCAGUUUGGGGGUAUGAUCUGGGUCUUAAGUCCAUCAUACCUACUGUCCUCACCAUCAGCAUCCUUGGCUACCAGUUCAUUCUGCCUGACAUGAUUGGGGGCAACGCAUACACCAACCGAACAUACGGAAACGGGAACCUCCCUGACCGUGAGCUUUACAUUCGCUGGCUGGAGCUUUCUGCCUUCAUGCCAGCUAUGCAGUUCUCCAUCCCACCAUGGGAGUAUGACGAUGAGGUAGUAUCCAUCGCCCGACGCUUCACAGCACUGCAUGAGACUUUGGUGGCCCCCAGAGUUUUGGAGCUUGCAGGGGAGGUACUUAAUACUGGAGACCCCAUCAUUCGUCCAUUGUGGUGGAUAGCCACUACUGAUGAGACGGCCUACAGAGUGGAUUCGCAGUUUCUCAUAGGAGAUGACCUGAUGGUGGCACCAGUGCUGGAGCCUGGAAAGCAGGAACGUGAUAUCUACCUCCCGGCUGGCCACUGGAGGAGCUACAAGGGCGAGCGCUAUGAUAAUAAAGAACCUAUGCAUCUCACAGAUUACGCUGUGGAUCUUGAUGAGAUUGCAUAUUUUCUGUGGGUUCAGUGAUGCUAAUGCAAUUGUCACAUAUUUCUUUUUGUCUUUUAAAGGGAUAAGCAUUAUAUGCAUUGCAAAAUUGCAUAUUUUGGACUGUUGUUUGUCAUACCCGCUUAUGGUUUUUAACCGUUUUAUCCCGGUCAGGGUUUGCAGUUCAUCUGGAGUAUAGCAUGUUUUUAGGAGUUGGAAGAAAAACAAAUAUUUUUAGGUGCAACCUAUGGGAAGAACAUGUGCACAGUAAGAAACCUGUGCUCAGGGUUGGACCGCUGCACCAUCAUGUCACCUUAUACCACCCACUCGUGCCUUUUUAAAUGUACGUAUAACAUGCAAGCUUAAAUGAUAAUCUGCUAGUUUGCGCACACUUGGAAUGGUGUACUUGCGAUGCUCUUUUAUGAUAAGUCUGGCUUUAUAGCAAUAAUUAAUUACAAAUUAUUAUACAAGCUUAUUUUGGUUUACAGUGGGUAAAUAAUUAAUUGAUCCACUGCCUAUUUUUUACGUUUGUCGACUAAGAAAUGAAGGGUCUGUAAUUUUUAUCAUAGAUUUAUUGUAAAGAAUAGAGACUGAAUAUCAAUCAAAAAUUCUGAAAAAGUACAUGAUAUAAAUGUUAUAAAGUGAUUUGCAUUUCAAUCAGGAAAAGAGGUAUUUGGUCCCCAAGCAAAACAUGACUUUAGUACUUGGUAGAAAAACCCUUGCUGCCAAGCACAGAGGUAAGAUGUUUCUGUGUAGUUAGUUGCCAGGUUUGCACAGUUCUCAGGAGGGAGUUUAGUCCACUUUUCUUUACAGAUCUUCUCUAAUUCCUUGCCUGUCACUUGGUAACUUGAAGUUUCAGCUACCUCCAUAAAUUUUCUAUAGAAUUAAGGUCUGGAGACUGGUUUGGCUACUCCAUGUUUUUCGUCAUUGUCAUGCUAGAACCCCCAUCCACGACCCAUCUUCAGGAGGUUCUCAUCCACAAUUUUACAAUACAUGACCCCGUGUAUUGGCCCCUCAAGUCAGCCUGUACCUUAAGCAGAGACACCGCCCCAAGAGGUUCUUAGAAUCAUAGUCAGCAUUUUUCUUCCUUCAAACACAGCAAGUCAAGUUGAUGCUAUGGACCUUAAUUUUGGUCUCACCUAACUACAGCACUUUCUCCCAAUUAAUCUCUGUUUAAUGGCAAACCUUAGAACUGUACAUGUGCCUUAUUGAGGAGAGGAACCUCAAUUUUAAUCCAUGGCGGCAUAUUGUGUUACCAAUGGUUUAUUUGGUGACUGUGGUCAUAACUGCCUUGAGAUCAUUCACAAACUCACCCGUGUAGUUCUGGGCUGAUCCUUUACUUUUCUUAUGAUUAUUCUUACUCAUUGAGAAUCGUGCAUUUGCAAAUCAACAGUUGUCUCUUUCUUACCAAGCUUUGCUAAUGGUCUUGUAAUCAAUCAAAAUCUACAACUGAUGUCCUUUGACAGCUCUUUGGUCUCGGCCAUGUUGGUGAUGUUUGAAUGGAAGAUAGAGAUGCUAUAGACAGGUGGAUUUUAUACACGAGUUGUUGUUAGGAGCACCUUCUUAAAUUAAUCUGUGUACCUCAUGAGCACAUUUUCAAUCUGAAGGCAGCCAGAAUUAUUGUUUUUUGGUAUGGGGAUCAAAUACUCAUGUUUCUUACUAAAUUCAUAACAUUUAUAUAAUUUUUUCUUCUUGAUUGAUAUUCUGUUUCUAUCCUCUACAAUAAUGAUAAUUAUUGUAGACCCAUAAUUUCUUUGUAAGUGAGCAAACUAAUCUACAGGGGAUCAAGUAAUUAUUUUCCCCACUGUAUAUAGCUUACAUGAUAUACAUGUAAGUCUGAAUUGUAGUAGCUCAAACAAAAGGGAACGUUAUAAAUGUCUAAUCUGAAGGCAAAGUCAAAAUUUGGUCAAAACUGUACUAUCACAAAGGAACCUUGGAUUGUGAGCAACUUGGUCUGUGAGCAAAAAGAUGAGUUAAAUUUUGAAAUUAAUUUUAACUUAAUAGACGAGCAAGGUCUUGAUACAUGAGUAGUACGCAUGCGCUUUGUCUGCCGAGCAUCACGUGAUCACAACCAAGCCAAUGGUUCUUCUCUAUCGCACGCUAUGGGAUUAUGCAUAAUUGUCUCCCAUACUCCCAGUGCGUGUGCGUCACUCGUUUAGACAACAUCCGUGCGCGCAUGUACUGUUUAUUAUAACAUUGUGACCAUGUGUGUGCACGCGCAGUUAAAGCAAAAGCAAGUGUCUUUGAAAAGGUCCCUUGUUAAAGAUCCAGAGUGUCUCUUUCUCUGUCAGAAAGCAGUGAUUCUUUUAGUGUGCACACGAGCGAGUGUCGUUAGAAAGGUUCCUCGUUUAAGAAGUUUCCCGAUAGAGCAGUGUUUCUCUUAGUGUGUGUGUGUGUGUGUGUGUGUGUGUGUGUGUGUGUGUGUGUGUGUGUGAGAAAGUAGUGCUACACAGUAGCCCCCUCACUCCUCCUGUUCUCUCGCCUUCACACACAUAAACACACUAACGGAAACACUGCUCUGUCGGGAUACUUUUUAAAGGUAAAGUGCAGGUUAAUUUGUUUUAUAUUUACUUUAUAAUUUGUAUUUAGUAUUUUUAUAUUAAUAUUUUUGGGUUAUGGAACGAAUUAACAGAGUUUCUAUUAUUUCUUAUGGGGAAAAUUUGCUUUAAUAUACAAUUGUUUUGAUAUACAAGCAUGCUUCUGGAACGAAUUAUGCUUGCAACCCAGGGUUUGACUGUAUAUGCAGUUAUAUGCAUGUUGACAAGAUUACUAAACAGUUACAAUGCGUCUUGUAAGCACACACUAGCACCUUUAAACGUGAGAUUUUUUUUUUCAUAAUUCUAAAACUGUACACUACUGUAUGUCUGGUAAAACAAACAUUUUGUUGUUUAUUUAGUGUAGAUCCUAUAUUACCGUAGCUUAAAGGAAUAAUUAAACUUAAUAUAAAAAAUAUUAGAAGUAAUAAUAUUUGUCAACACAGAGACUAGGCAUAGCUUUUUACAGCAACUGUUUGGUACUCAGUGGAUUAAGAAAAUUAAACGAGUUAUCGGGCUGCACUAAAAGUAAAGGAAUCAUCUUUGAAAAUCCUGUAUUGCAGUUGCAAUGCAUGGUUUGUUGUCAUUUGUCAUUUGGAUUUGAUUGCAUCGUAAUGUCUUCUUAGCCAAUAAUCAAUAUUUAAGAAAAACAUCCUGGGGCAGAGCUGUUUUUUUUUUUUUUUUUUUUUUUACUUUAUUCACCCAGUGUCUGCACCUAGCUAGCAUUAUCUGGAGUGUUCGUUGGUGCUAGCGAUGUUUUACAGUAUUGGAGGAACGUCCUGUAAUAGCUCCUCUUGAUAUUUUGAGUUUGCUUUGAUUUUGCUAUUAUGAAAUGUCAUACAGUACUGUGCAAAAGUCUUAACGUUCCUCAUUUCUUCAUUAAAUUAAAUAAUAUAGAUUAAAUUCAAGAAACGGGAACAAAUGGUUUACCUCGACAGGCUGCUAAGUGCCCACAGACACAAUUGUAAAAAUGAUUGUUAAUGUAACAACCUCAGCAGCAACCUUAUUUCCCCUCAUUUCUCAUAUGUUCCAACCACUCAUCAUCAAGCAUCAUCAUUAUACUAAUCACUGGCCUGAUCAUCUGUCAACAUCUGCACCUGUUUCUCACUGGUGCAUGCCUUAGGUUAGAUGCUUAUUCAUGCUUGAAUGAUUCAAAAGUCACUGUGGGGCUUAACAAACAAAACAUUUCCCUGAAACUGGUCAGGUAUAUGAACUGGACCGAAAUUCAAAACUAAAAAGUCCUUCGGGAAGCUUGGAGAACUCUUCCUAAAGAGUAAAUAAAUGAACAAAAAUGCAAGAAAGUAUUUUUCUUGUUUUGAAACAGAAUAUGAAAGAAUGAGGGGUGGCUCAAGACUUUUGUACGGUACUUUUUUUUUUUUUUUCAGAGCACAACAAUGUACACUAAGCUUACUUAUACUUAAGUAGUAUAAUGUGAAAGAAAACAAGCACAAAUUUGAAUCGGUAUGCAUCUCUGAUUAAGAUGUGAAAACAAGCUGUCAUGACUUACGAAAAAUGUGAUUGUAUGUUUGUACGCUAUGUUUGUUCACUGCCUGGCCAAAAUGUCACACACAUUUUCACUACUUCACCUUUAGCUUUGAUUAUAGUACAUGUGGUAAUAUGAUUCCUUGUGCUUCCAGAACCACUUUUUCACAAUUGCAUACAUGUGAUAACCUGAGCCUGAACCCGAGCAACUGAAACAACCCCAGAUCAUAACACUGCCUUCAGAGGCUUGUAUAGUUAUAGGGGGCUGGGGUUCAGGGAGUUUUUUACAUAUCCUUCCCGUUUUCUACAUAAGGUUUGCAUGCAGUCUUGAACAGUUGAAGUUUUUGUAUAAUUUUUCAGUUAUAAGUGUAAGUGUUUUGCACUCAGUGCUUGCUCAAUUAAUCUUCAUCAGAUUGUUCUUUCACUGCAAGGCCCAUGUGCUCUUCCAUAAGUAGUGCCUGUCUUUUGCUAAUCCGAAAUUCCCCAGCUUAUUUUUAGCAUUUUUUUAGACAAUCAUGUCAUUAUAUAUACAAAAACAGAAACAAAACUUGAAGAGUGCUAUGGGACUGCUUCUAUGAACCACUAUAUAAUAGAGGAUGAGUUCUCAAAGUUUACCUAGAUUAGUGGAAUAAGUGAUACGUGCCAAAAUGUGUGUAUAUGUGUAGGGGUUUAUACUUGGAGUUUUUAGGUAAUCUUUGUACUGUAUAUAAAAAAAGGAUUAUUUCGCAUGGUGCAUGGUAUCAUUUCUGUAUAACGGAUGAGCUUAAUUUACAGUUUGGGAAAUCAGCAGUCUGUGUUGAUAAAUCAAUAUUAGGUUAUUUACGUGACACGGUACUUCAAAUUCGCAGUUUUUCACCAGAUGUGUGCGUCAUAGAUAAACAGAGAUUAUGCUUAUCAGACGGGUUCAGAAAUGGAUCCAGGGUCUCUGCAUUGCAAAACAAUGAAGCAGCGAAGCUCCAGUGAACCAAACACACUGUUUACACACUCUGUACCACGAUUAUCUUCUUAACAUCGACAUGACAUCUGGGUCCUAUUUACCUCCCGAAUCACUGAUUGUAAAAUGCUGAUGCGUUUAGUUAGUAGAACCGAAAUUGGUCUCUCUCUCUCUCUCUCUCUCUCUCUCUCUCGAUUAUUUUAAAAACACAGCAGUUAGCGCUUAUGCUUAUUUGAAAAAGUAUUUCAACAGAUGGAGAUCUUACUACAGGGCAACUUGCAUGUCUGGGUUUCAUUUCCCAGCUGUAGAAAGGGUUUAUCACCACUGGGAGGCAGUGUGUACCUUUUCUUGAUUACCCAGACAUAAAGAAGUCCUAAUGCUUUUUUUUCCCUUUGAUGUUAAUGUAGAAUGAUGAAUUCAUUUUAUAAGCUGUUUUUAAAACUUCUCUUCUUUUCCCAGCUAGAAUGGUGUGAACUUCACACAGCGUGAACAUAUUUUAAAGUGCAAGAGUUGAAAAUUGUUGUAUAUCACAUGGCACUAUAAUGUAAUUAUUUUAAAAUACUGGUGUUCCCAGGACUGAAUGCUUUUCUGUUAAGAACUCAUGCCACUGUGUGUCUUGCCUGGUAUACAAUAAACA